AUGCUCACUCUGCAGCUCUUAGCGUUUCUGGAAAUUUCAAUGGGACGUGAGAAAGACCACAUUUAUUCAUAUGUAUCUCCACAGAAUUGCCCUGGACUAGAUGUCACGGAGUUCACUAGUACAUACGCAGACGGAUUCUGUAAGAUUUACCUUCCAAAGGAGGCUUUUAUGGGCGGUGAUGUGCGUGUCACAAUACGGUCUUUGGAUUCUCCCAGCUCCGCGGACACUACUGAGCAGGUCCUUCAUAAUGAGCUCACUCCAGCUAUUUUCCCCGUGUACUCGUACAGUUCUUACACUUUUUCCCUUGCCGAUGAUAGCUGUCCAGCAAGUGCAGAGCAAACUUUGUUCUGCGUGCCUCCGGCGGAGCAAACUUCAGUGCUGUCUACGGAAGCGAUCGCGAUACUGUACGUGCUCUAUGACCUAGAAAUUAAGAGGGUUCUCCGUACAGAUUUACCAGUUCGUUCCACAAGAGGGUCGGGGCACUGUCUCGGUUUUUUCGAUGGAAUUUUCCCCGAGCACAACGUGCUAUCUACGCUGCUUUCUCAUGCCCUGUCUUCACAGUUUGGACGGCUUAACCUAGCGCUUAUUCGGUUUCUUCAGCCAGGACCUGCCACUACUGGCUACUGGGCAAGAGCCCUGGGAGACAUAGAUGACUUUGAUGUCGUCAGCAAGCUUUUCUCAUCAACCUACACAGCGACCCUCCGAAAGCGGGAGGACGAGGAUGGCGGCUUUCGCCUGGUUCUGGUUGUUGCGGACGAAGACGGGGACAUCGUUGUUAGCAUGGAAUCCCAACCCUACCGGCCGCCUCAUCUGGCUCCUCUAACCCGAGACGACGUACGCUACGAGAGUACUGGGACCCUAGGUACUGGAAUGAACGUGUACUUGCGACGGAAGCCAGGCGUUGUCGUCCUCUUCAACUACUUCUCCCAGCCCGGUAGAGGAUCUAGCCGCGGCCCAUCGUGUUUGGAUUACUUAGACAUUCUCGGCCAACACUGCACAUCCUACUCGUCCGGAUAUAACCUCUGUCCGGUCCAGUCAAAGCUUUCUAAGAACGAUGUCCUAAACGCUAUCGCCGAACAGCCAAUUUAUCUAUCCACCGCCGAGGGGGAGGGCGAUUGGACGAAACUAUUUACUUUAGAAACUGGUGACAUGCUCAAUGUUUGCGGAUACUGGAUGAUAGACCAGCCCACUGUUGCCAUUACGGAAGAGGGAGACGGGGCGAUAUAUUUUUCAAACAAGAGCAGGCCAUCCCCGCUGACCUUCUUCCUCCUAGUCACAGCAGGGUGCUUUACUAUAUGCAUGUGUGUAAUCAUGAUGCUUCUAUGCAUAACGUCCUUUUGUGCUUGCCUGCGCUUGUAUGCAGUGGAUUUGCGUUGGUCUCCUCACAGAACCCCGGUGCCGGAGAGUCCGGGAGAGCUGAAGAAGCAGGUAGAACUGCAGAGAAUUGGAGCUGAGACAGAUACGUCGGUGGCGUGUGUAUCUCCACUGCCCUCAAAAGCUAUGUCUCCGCUCUUGCUACCACGGGGCGACGCGGCCAAAAAGCUUGCGUCUAAACAGAAUCAAUGUACUGGAGUCGCACUCGCUAUUGCUGGCGCUACAACAAGUCUUGCAACAGGGUCUCCCCUCAGUGACCGAGAGCACAGCAGCGUCACGAGAGAUACCAUAUAUAGCAGCAUAAGCGCAGGAAGCAUGGCGAGCUCAAUGGUGUGUGCACCGCCUACCGAUUCCACGGCGGUACACUCAGAAGACAAGCAAGAUAUGGACACUCCUGCAGUGUCAGGUUCGCUGGCAUAA